AUGGAUAGACGUUAUCAACAAAGAAACCAGUAUCACAGGCAAGAUGAGAAAGAGAGAUGCCUCUUCUACUAUAAAGUAGGUGUAUGUAGACAUGGUAAUAAGUGUUCCAAGAGCCAUACUAGUCCAAACAGAUCACAUACUAUUGUAUUACUGAAUUUGGUUGAUUUCCCAAGAAAUGCAGAUGUUACGACUUCCAAUACGGCCACCACCACUACAGACGAAUCGGACAAGUCCACCCAAGAAACAAAACCAAAUAAACCUACAACAAAGAAUAAAUCAACACCCCCUAUCGACGACAAAGAGUACGAUUCCAUCUACGAAGACCUAUACAUCGAACUAGCUAAAUAUGGUAGAAUAAUGGAGAUGUAUAUAUGUGAUAAUGGGAACGACCAUCUACGUGGUAAUGUCUAUGUAAGAUACUCUAGUGAACAAAACGCCAGAGACGCAAACAAUGAGUUGAACACGAGAUGGUUCAAUGGGAAACCAAUAUACUGUGACCUCACACAUAUACAUGAUUUUGGAGAGGCCAUUUGUCGUAAACCAGAAGAAAAAUCAGGUUGUGAAAGAGGUGAUCAUUGUAAUUUCAUGCAUAUCAGAAAACCUUCUCCACAAUUGCAAACCGAUCUUGAGAAUGCUCAAAGGAAAAAAUUCCAAUUGAACUCAAACCCUUACAUUUCCAAGAGAGCGUGA